CUAUAUAUACAAUCAAAUGUUAAAUUAGGGUUUUAUAUUUUCUCCAUCAAAUUCCAUUGCAGCAGCCACCGCCAAACACUACCAGCAUCACCUGCAACUCCGCAAUCAUGUCGUUGGUAGCAAAUGAAGAUUUCCAACACAUUCUGCGUGUGCAAAACACAAACGUUGAUGGAAAACAAAAGAUCAUGUUUGCCAUGACAUCAAUCAAAGGUAUCGGUCGUCGUUUUUCCAACAUCGUUUGCAAGAAAGCUGAUGUCGACAUGAACAAAAGGGCUGGAGAACUUUCAAGUGCUGAGAUUGAUAAUCUGAUGACAAUUGUGGCUAAUCCACGCCAAUUCAAAAUCCCAGACUGGUUUUUGAACAGGAAGAAGGAUUACAAGGAUGGUAAAUACUCUCAAGUCACUUCCAAUGCCCUUGACAUGAAGUUGAGAGAUGACCUUGAGCGUUUGAAGAAGAUCAGGAACCACCGUGGUCUUCGUCAUUACUGGCAAGUCCGUGUUCGUGGACAGCACACCAAGACCACUGGCCGUAGGGGAAAGACUGUUGGUGUGUCCAAGAAGAGAUAAACAUGAAAUUAAGCUGUGUUUGGGUGUUAGACAAUUUCAUGAGUCUUCAUUGUUAUCAGUUCUGAAUGUUUGUGUUAAGUUUUAAUGACAUGGUUAUACUUCAAUUUUCUUGAAUGCUCUUGCUAGAAUGUUUAUUGGAUCUCAUGUUGUUCAUUGUUCACAAUGGAUGAUUAAUGGAUUUUGGCUUUAUGGUUCUA